CAUUGGUUUAGUAUUGGAUCAAUUAAUCGAUGAACAUGAUCCAACUUUGGUUAUUCGUUGUGCUCAGAUUGAUCUUCGAGUUGACUUUAGUGAUCGUUAUCCACACAAAAAGAUCAUCCGAAUCAUCGACGAGAGAAUGGAAACCAUACAUGAUGUACGCCGAUAUUUAAGACUGAAGACAAAGAAACGUCGAGAACGACGAAGACGGCAACGUCAACGACAUCUUCAAGAGGAAGACAACUCAGCGUUGCGAUCCAUUUUGAAAGAGCAUGUUUUUCUUCGUGAGAAAAGUUAUCAACAACAAAUCAUUCUCGAUGAAUUAAAAGAAAAGAUAGAACCAUUGUAUGCUUUACCUGGGAAAAUUUACGACCAUCUCGACCAAAUUGCUUCUGGUUUUGGUGCUAUUCAAAACCGGCUUGGAGAAAUUCAUCUCGAACGUCCUGAGGGAGGUCUACCGUAUCGAGGACUCUGA